AUUUAAUAGAAAUAUGAGUGAACUUGAAUUUGUUUGUAAACAUGAUGGUCAUGAUGAAGAGGAGAUAAUAGGAUUCUGUUUAAAUUAAAAAUGUUAAAUAGAAGCACAGAUUUGUUUAAAAUGUUGCUGGGAUAAACAUACAGAUCAUGAAGAUGAUUGUAAGACUUUUAAACAAAUAUCCAAUUUAUUGAAAAAAAAUAAAAAAGCAUUACCAAGUUAAAAUGAUGAAGUAAUUAACAAAUUGAAAGAAAUAUAAACCAAAAGUGAAAAAUUAUGCUAAUCAAAUAAUAUUGGUUAUGAAAAAUUGGAUGAGAUUGAAAAAUACUUAUAAGAGAAAUAAUAUCAAAAUUGUUAAGCAGAUGUAUGGGUUUUAAAAAAUUUCCUCAAUUCUUAAGACUAAAAUAAUGAAAGUAUUUAAGACUUCAAUAUUUAAUUAGAAUUGAUAUUAGAAGAACUAGAAAAUAUAUUGAAAGCACUAAAUAAUUUGGGAAAUCCUUAAGUUAAAGAAAAAUAUAUAUCACAAUCAUCAAACACAGAUAACAUCUAAAUAAAUUAAGUUGAAAAAAGACGUAAACUAUAAAAUAUAAAUUAGAUUAGGAAAUUUAAGUUAAUAUUGAGUCAUAAAGUACAUCUGAACAAGCUUAAUCUAAAUCAUAGAUUAAGUAAUUAAAAAAUAAGGAAGAUGAAAUUGAAAUAACUUAUGAAAAAUAAACUUAUCCAAAAUAACCAAUAUAAUAAUCACCUUUUCUAUAGACCGAUUUCCAAAACAGCAAAGAGAAGUCUCCAUAAGAAAUUUCUUAAUAAAUAGGAGUCAAUUCUUCAUAAAUACUUUAAAAUAAAGUUUAAUAGCACUCUUUUUAAUAAAAUUUGAAAUCACAAAAUCCAUCAUUAUUAUUUUAAUAAAUUUCUAGCUAUCAAAAUUAAAUAUCAAAUCAACCUUAAGCAUUCAAAACUUCUAAUCCGAUGAUUUAAACCACUUAACCUCAUUCAAUUCUCACUUCCUAAAUACCCCAAACACCUUAAAUUAUAAAAUAACCCACAUAACCACUUUUGUAAUUAGAAAAUACAAGACCUAUUAUAUAAUGUAAUUUUAUAUUCAAUAUCAAUAGAGUAAAAUGUAAAUUAAAGUUAAUUUUAAUAACCAAUCUAAUAGUAGGGUACUUGCCCUUAAUCUGAAAAAGAUAUUAAAACAAAAUUACAAUCUGUUAAUUAACAAUAUAUGAACUAAAAUCCUGAGUAAUCUAUAUAAAUUAAUUUAAGGUAUUAAAAUCAACCCCUACCAGAAAUAAAUUUAAGCUAUUUACAAUAAAAAAAUUCUUAAAAAAUAUUUUCAGGUAUACAACCUUAAAGUAAGAAUUAGAAGAUGAUUUGGUGUUAUUAUUAAAUUCUUAAGAAAUUGCAUUUAAAAAUGAAGAACUUCAAUAAGUCUUAAAUUCUUGUGAUGAAGCACUUUAGACAGAUCCAUUCAAAUACGAGUUCAAUUUUAAAAAAUGUAAUUUAUCAAAUAUAUAUUAAGGUUUAACAUUACUCAAAAUGCAAAAAUACAAUGAUGCCUUCUUUUAUUGUGAAACUAUGUAAUAAAUAAGUCCAAUAAAUAAAACUUUUACUUUAAAAGGCAUUGCCUUACAUGGAUUAAAAGAUUAUAUUGAAGCUUUAAAUAGUUAUUGUAUUUCAAUAUCUACUUAACCAACUUUUGAAAUAUAUCUUUUUUAAGGUAUAAAACAAACAUAUUUUUAGGGAAAACAUUAAUGGCUAUGAAGGAGCAUGAUGUGGCUAUUUAAUCCUUCGAAAAUUCAAUAAAAAUGGAACCGCAACAACACUAUGGCUAUUAUUAUAAAGGUUCUUUUAUAUAUAUAAUAGGUCUUGCAUUAAUUGAAUAAAAAAAGUUUAAUCUGGCAAUGACAAAUUUCGAUAUUGCUUUAAAAUUUUCGCCAAAAAAUGUUCAGGCAUUAAUAUAAAAGGGUUAAUUUUAGUAAAAUAUUUUAAGCAAAAUGCUUAAAUAAACUAUAAGCAUUUAAAGAAGCUAUCAAAUGUGCAGAUAAAGCAAUUUAAUUUAAACCAGAUGAAGAAUCUGCUUAUUUUUAGAGAGGUUUUUUAUGGUUAGUAAUCUAGGAUUUGGAUUAUUUAAACUAGAAGAUUACCAGUAAGCAUUAAAAUAAUUUGAAAAUGUCAUAUAAAUUUAAAAUUAAAUGAAUGAAGCUCAUUUUUAUAAAGGUAAAUCCAAUUUCUUAAAUGAGGUUAAAUACUACAUCAUUUGGGCAAAUUUCAAGAAGCUAUAAAAGCAUUUGAUGAAGCUUUAAGAAUAGAAGAAAAUCCAUAUUAUAUGAUAAAAAAAGGUUAAAUAUUUAUUAAAUAUUAAAGCUGAUACAUUAAAAGCAAUGGAGAAUAUUGAAGAAGCUGACUUGCUUUAUUAAAAAGCAUAAUCCAUCAUUUCUAAUGGCAUUUGGGAAAAUUUAAAUAUUGAAUAAAACUGAA